UGGGAUGAUGUGCCAGUAACUUUUUAUCUGGACAACAUGGGGAAUUUUUAAAUUCAACGAAAAAAAGGCCAUCCAUCAAAGAGUUUUCUGCAUGGCUAAAACCACUACCAGGGAAUGUAGAUGAAGCACGAUGGGAAUCAAGGCAGUGGAGACACAUGUUAAAAUCAUGAAACUCAAAGCGUCAAAAUCAAGUUAAGGAGAAGCAGCAGGUAGGCAGCAGCAUUCAUGGAUAUUGUGGACACCUUUAACCAUUUAAUACCCAGUGACCAGUUGGAUGAGUCCCUAACGUUGAGUCAGAAUCUGGAAUGUGAUGCAAGUAAUGAGUUUGGCACAGGAUCCAGACUCGAAGACUCUCUGAAGAACAUGCUCAGUGACAAAGACCCCAUGUUUGGAUGUGCAAGCACUCAAUUCAAUCUGCUGGAAAAUGAAGAUCCCACUUUUCACAUUGCUGGCUCAGCAGGUCCACAUAGGGAUUCAGAACCUGCAGGCCUCUCCGGUGAACUGAAUGUUGCAGAGACCUCACAGGAUAAACAGAUCCCUGGCAAGCAGAAAAAACAUCCCAACAAUUUAGACUACGAUCAUAGAGGUGACCACCAGCCUAGGAUGUCUAAGAACACCUUAAUCAGAGGACGACCUGGAAGGAGGCACAGCAAAUGGCUAACAAAGUCUUUUCUCAUAGAGAAAGGAGUUGGAGGUGCGCAGCAGAAAAAAGAGUUGACUGAGGGAGGGCGCAUUAACAUUAGCGAUCUUGAUGGUGGAUUAUGGUUGAAUCCCACUGUCAUAUUGAGACGACUUACUGUCACAAUCGGUGGGUUUAAAAUUGAGCUGCUUCCAGGACCCUCCUACACCCAAAGCCUUGACACAAGUGAGCCAGCAUGCUUUGAGGAUAGCUUUACCUACGGUGGCAACAUCGAUAUGGCCAUUUUGCCAGAUGAUGCCGUCUGUAUGCAGAAUCCAGUACAAGAAACGGCUACACCAGAAAACGUGUCAGAAAUCGAUGCAACGGCAAAGAGCCUGUCUGAUGAUGCAAAUCUCAGUUUAGGCCCAUAUGUGAACCCAAAUGAUGUGCAAACCUCAAACGGAACAUUAAUGGAAAUCACCUCCACGCAUGAAGCAAGACAGGAAGAGAAGAAAAGUCCAGUAAAAAAGAAAAGAGCAUUCCACAAAGGAAAAGAUGGUGUGAAAUAUCCACUGAGCAUUGAUAAUGACAUAGCCGAAGAAGAAAAGACUGAUGGUAAGGAAAAGCACCUGACUGCAGCCAAAACACCCCCUAAACCUAAACAAGGCUCAACACUGAACAAGAUCAAGGAGUUGGCUUCAUCUAAAGCGAGCAACGCAGAUAAGGAGCAUAAAGUUACCCAAGAAAAGCCUUCCAGAAAUAUUCCGAGAGAAGACCUGCACAAAACGAAGUCUGUGAAGGACAAACAGGAGGUUUCUCCUUUGAAAAGACACACAGAAAACACGCACAGUGAGCAUGCUGCUAAAGUUCAAAAGCUACACAGUGGAGGGGAUGAUAAAACUAAGCCGAAAUUACCAGGUACACCAGGCUCCGCCACAAAGAAGAUACCGUUACCUUCUAAUCGUGCUGGAGAUCACCAGGGACCUACUAAGCAAAACAAUCCCCAUCAUAGCUCAAAGGAGGAGCAUCAUCACCAUCAUGCUCACAGUAAUCCAGGCAACUCUCUAAAAACUCCAGAGGAGAAAGUUAAAAAGCCUGAAAAGAUUCUCCAGAAACAGAAAAGUAGGAAUUCAAGGAGCAUUUCAUUGGAGGAGCCAGAGCUGUUUGUUCCAGAUAACGCCCCCCCUGUGAAGAAGGAAACGGUUGAGGAGCCACUUGCUGAUAGUGAGACUGUUUGGGAUGGAAACAACUGCUGUGGGCUGUGUAAAAAACACCACAAUAACAUGUUUAUGGUUGGCUGCGGUCGUUGUGACGACUGGUUCCAUGGAGACUGCGUUGGUCUCGACCUUGCCAAAGUGCGGGAGAUGGAGGAGGAGGACCAGAUGUAUGUGUGCUUAAAAUGCUGUGAGGAGGAAAGUAAGAAGGUGGAUCCUGAGCCUUUAGCAGAGCCCAAGCCAGAAGCUCCUGUUGAGCAGGAUCACAAGCCGCCUCAAAAACUCCGUCCAGGAUCCUCCCAGCCACUAGCCUCAGGCGGCGUCAGACCAGUUAGAAAGGAUGCAGAAAGGAGGCAUUCCACGGAUGUCAAAGAAGCAGCUCAUAAAACAGGUAAUCUGUCCAAACACGAAACUAAGAGUAAGGCUCCGUCUUUGACCUCGAAGAAACCCGUGUCAGUGGAGGCCAUCAGGCGAAGUGUCCGUGAUUCUCUGAAAGAAAUCCUCACGCAGAGGCUGAAGGAUUCAGAUCUAAGCAUCCCAGAGGAGCGAGCCUCUGAAGUUGCCAAGAAGACUGAGAAAGAGCUGUUUCACCUUUAUAAAGACACUGACCAUAAAUACAAGAACAAAUACAGAAGCUUGAUGUUUAACCUGAAAGAUACAAAAAAUAACGUUCUGUUUAAAAGGGUUCUCAAAGGGGAAAUUUCUCCUGGUAACCUGAUCCGCAUGAGUCCAGAGGAACUGGCUUCAAAAGAGCUGGCUGCCUGGCGACAAAGAGAGAACAGACAUACUAUUGAGAUGAUUGAAAAAGAGCAAAGAGAGGUUGAGAGACGACCCAUCACUAAGAUUACCCACAAAGGUGAAAUUGAAAUUGAGAGCCAGGAGCCGAUGAAAGCACCGGAGCCUGUUGAGCUUGAGCCUUUUCCCAAAGUGCUUGAAGAGGUUCUAGAAUCUCCCAAAACCCCUGAAAGAAAAGAAGAGAACAUCAAGAUCGAGAAAGACACUACAAGCCAGCACAAGUCUCACUUAUUUGAUCUACAUUGCAAAAUCUGCACCGGUCGAAUGGCGCCCCCAGUGGAAGAAGCCCAAACCAAGGUUGCCAAAGUUGCGACCACAGUGGUGAGGAGGCAGUCUACUAAAUCAGAUGAGGGAAAGAGCACACCGCCUCAUCCAGUCGAUGAUGACCUUCAUCUCAUCGUUUUAGAGGAGAGCUUCAGAAAUGCCAAAUCAGGCUUUGAAUCAAGGUCAGAUCAUGCAGCUGGAAGAGAAGAAGAAGCUGCUUUCCUGUCCACCUUAAGGACCCUGUGGCGAGGAUUCAUUCAUAUGCACUCGGUGGCUAAACUUGUGACAAAAGCUUUUCCUGUCUCCGGCGUUUUAGACAACUUAUCUGAGGACCUUCCAGACAGUAUCCAGGUUGGUGGAAGGAUAAGUCCUCAGACGGUGUGGGACUAUUUAGAGAAGAUUCGGGCAACUGGAACCAAAGAGGUUUGCCUGGUUCGCUUUUCCCCCGACACAGAAGAAGAUGAGAUCUCCUAUACUCUUCUUUAUGCCUACUUCAGCAGCCGUAGGCGUUUUGGGGUUGUGUCCAAUAAUCUGCGUCAAGUGAAGGAUAUGUAUCUCAUUCCCCUUGGCGCAACAGAGAAAGUCCCUCAUCAGCUUGUUCCCUUUGAUGGGCCAGGUUUAGAAAGCAACCGCCCCAACCUCCUCCUUGGACUCAUCAUCCGCCAGAGACCCAAGAGAGAUUUUCUUACUGUGGAUGUGAAUGAAUCUGUGAAUACUGUCCCAGAAGUUAAGCCCAUCACUGUUCCCAUGAAAGUGAAAAGAACCACUGAGGAGGAGGAAAAAUUGUUCCUGUCUUCUUUGACUGCUCCCCUUAAGAAAGAGAUAGAAAAACCCCUCGAUACGAAUGAAGAAGAGCCUCUUGCAGGUUCCUCUGAAGAACCCGCUGAAACAGAGGAGCCGAGCAACCAGGAGUCACAAAAGCCACUUCGCUUUCUUCCAGGUGUGUUAUUAGGAUGGGGUGGGGAAUUACCUCCUCUGCCAGAUGUCGGUGAUAAACCUGUGACAACAGGACAAGACACCCCGAAGACCGUUCCUGCUCCCAAAACAGAUGCAUCAACUGGUGACUCAAAGGGUCCGACAGCUGCCGCUGCUUCUCGCUUUCUCAUCAGGAAGAAAGAAACGAAAUCUGUUAAAGCUGAACCUGAGCUACCGGGUCCUUCUGAAGCAUCUGCUUCUAACAGCUCACUGGGAAAAGAUCCUCCUGUUGUGGUCCAUCAUGCAUCAAUCACACUGAAAGAUAAACCCCCAGAUGUAUCGACUGAAGCAUUCCUGGCGAACAUGCCGGCACAUCCGAGUGGCACUGAGACCGACGGUUCUGCCUCAGCAAACAAAAGCAGCUCUGGUCCAUUGUCUGAAUCUGAAAAGGAAACAAGUGAAGGGAAUUCUCGGCAGCAGGCAGAAUCCCAGGCUACUGCAGAUAACGCAUUUUUCUCAAAAGCUCCUUUAAGUGGAAUACUGAAAAAAUCUUCAGCAUAUUCCUCCGAGAGUGAAGAUAAAACAAUGGUGCUACAAAAGGAUAAAGCCAGCCUUCCUGAUGUUUCUGACCCUAAACCAGUUCCAGUGUCAAGCAGUAUUAAAAAGGAUCCACUUUUACCAUUUCAUCAAGGUUAUUUACAGCUCCCACAGGCCAGGCACAAGCUGGAGGAAACCAAUAGUAAAUUAUUUCCAAAGAAAAAAGAUGAUCCUGGCUCAGGUCCUCCUGGUGAAACAGUAACUCAAACUACAAAUCCUCCUGAUGUCAAAGGACCUCAAGAUGUUUCAAGCACAGAAUCCUCUGAACAGAUAGCUGGGAGCUGUAACAACAUGGGUGUCACAACUUCUAACACUACGUCCAGCUUGAACACAGACGUCCAGAAUGCUAGCACACAGAGAUCUGAGGACAGCACCUCAGAGGCCCAUCAGCAUCCUCACAGCCUCGCCGAGCCAAGCAGUCACGCGUUAUCCGUAGCCAGAGACCAGAAACUUCUGAACGAACGCUACACCGACCCGUGGGAGAGGCCGCGAAACACAGACGACAGAGAUCGCCAUGGGAGGCACGGCACCCACAAGGACUCUUACUACGAGAAAAAGAGCCGACACCUCGAGAGGGAGAAAAGGCACGGGCACAGCGACGACGACAAGUACAGGGAGAGGAGCAGGCCCCACGGACACUUGGACGACCGCCACGGGGAGAGGAGGAAAGAGAAGCACCACAGCAAUGAUUACAGCAGCCAUCACAAGGACAGACACAGGCACAGACGGGACUCUGAUUAUGAGAAUGGACGUAGAAGUUCAAAAGACAGCUACUCGUCAUAAUAUUGCUGUUUUUUAAAUCCUUUGAGCUCUUCAGGACUUGUUGAUCACAUGGCUGGUACAUGCCGCUUUUCUACACUGGCUAAUUAUAGAGUUUUUUUCAUUUUAUACAAGAGUGAAGUUCCAUUUUAUGUUAUUGAAGGUACAGCCAAAUGAGAUCGCAACAAAUUGUUUUUUUUAAAACUUAGACCAACAAAAGACUGAAUACUGGAAACGUUCAUACCGAAUGAUUGUGUCUUAAUCUUGUUUGUUACUCCUGUACUAUUAGUUUCCCGGUCUCAUGCAACAGUGUGGAUGCAUUGAUGAACUAAAGAACUUCACAUUUUAGCUUAAAUGUAUAACACAAUAUUUAAUUAAGAUCUAAACAGCAGCUUUGUGCUUUUCUUUCUAUUUUAAUUUCUUUUAAACUGCUUCAAUAUUUUAUAAUCGUUUUUUUUUUUUCAUUUGGAAAAGUAUGUACAUUUGGGCUUGUAUGAUACAUUAGAGAUGUGUGCCUUUGCACCGUGUGUUUAUGUACAGUUCAUAAUAAAACUAAUCCUUUUCUAUUGGGAA